AGUUCAAGUUCAGAAUCCAAAAGGUGAGCCAGGGGGAUAAUGUCAUGUCUAUGCACAUUCAUUCAAGAUAUGGCGUUUCAUGUACUCAUUCGUAUUAGCAAGCUAUUACUAACACUUUUCUCCCUUAUUAGAUAAACUGUCGCCUGUCUGCCGUAGGCCAUGCGGUCUAAGCAUCAGAUAUUCAUCACUGUUCCUAUCCCGAGCCGUGUGCCGCCGGAAAUCGUCCUCGCUCACAUCCAGACCUACACGCCUAUGCUAGCAAACAACGAUGUUAUUAUGAGUUUCAAAGAGACAACUCCCAACAUGGAGCUCGUCAGCACAGACCCUUUCUUUGGAACGCCGAAUAGCAGUGUUAGGACGUUUUCAUCCAGUGAGAGACUCAUCCUUGCGCCGGGUCUGACGAGGGAUAGGAGUUGGCCUGUGACGUGUCUGAGUAUACCGAAUGGUAUUCGGUGUCGGGCUGAUGCUAAAGCUGGUGUUACUGUGAGGACGGAGUGGAUUGUGAGGCCGAGCCAGGAGUUUGGAAGUAGUCCCAGCACCAGCAGUCCGGGGACUUUGGCGGAGGAAUGGGAGUUGUACGAGGAGGUUAUCAUUGAGGCGAAUAGUCUUCUUAUGCCGUUUGUUGCUCGGACUGCGGAUGAGGUUCAUAGAGGGAUUUGUCAGAAGGUUGUGGAUGAGGUUGUGAACAAAUAUCUAGCCAAUGGUACUCAUUGAUGAAUUGUAAUGAUAAACGCUUAGCCAUUGAUUGCUACCAAUGGAGGAGGUUACCUUCACCUUCUCGGGGUGUAGAGAUGUCCGAGUCUCUGGCCAAGAUGCAGAACAACAACUGGG